UGCAGCUCUGCUCACCGUCACCUGGGUGCCAUCACGUCCAGAAUCUGAGGACGCAUCGGGGUCUCCACACCGCAGAGUCUCCUGGUUGGACGCUCUGGACCGCGCCGCCUCACCUGGGAGAGUCACAGAGGACAUGGUCCGCCGACGGGCCGAGCACAACGAGUGUGAGAUCUUCUCCCUGGAGGAAAUCUCUCUGCAUCAGCAGGACAUCGAGAGGAUCGAGCACAUCGACAGGUGGUGCAGGGACCUGAGGAUCCUCUACCUGCAGAACAACCUCAUCCCCAGGAUAGAGAAUGUGGGUCGCCUGAAGAAGCUGGAGUAUUUGAAUCUGGCCUUGAACAACAUUGAAGUCAUUGAAAACCUUGAAGGCUGCGAGAGCCUCCAGAAGCUGGACCUGACUGUGAAUUUCGUGGGCCGUCUGAGCAGUGUGGAGUCUCUGGAACACAACGUCUACCUCACAGAGCUGUUUCUGGUGGGGAACCCCUGCACUGAGCUCGAGGGCUACAGGCAGUAUGUGGUGGCCGCUCUGCCUCAACUCAAGUGGCUGGACGGGACGGAGAUCAGCCGGUCAGAGAGGAUUGGAGCCUCUCAGGGCCUGGAGGAGGUGAAGAGACGAGUCCAGGAGCAGGAGAAGGAAUACCUGAUGAGGAGAGCCAGGGAGAGAGAGGAGGCGCAGGGGAAGGAAGCAAGAGAGCAGGAAGGAGACGAGGAGAGGAAACCAGGCUUCGAUGGCCGCUGGUACACCGACAUCAACAACACAGCUCGGCUGCUGGAGGAGGAGAAGGAGAACCGGGAGGCGGAGGAGAACAUGGUGAGCACCGACGUGGACGAUGAGCGGCGGCGAGAGAAGGAGUUCUGGCACACGCCGUGUUCAUUCACCCCCGAAUCUCGUCUGGAGGCUCACCGCCACCUGGAGGAGGAGAAGAAGAAGAAGGCGAAGGAGAAGGAGAAAGAGAAGAAGCCGAAGGCCCCGAGGACGCUCAUCACCGCUGAAGGACGAGUCCUGAACGUCAACGAGCCCAGGCUGGACUUCUCUCUAACUGAAGAUGAAGAAAACAACACAGUUGUCUUAAACCUGGAGGUGUACAGACACAUGGACACCUCCUUGAUCGACGUGGAUGUUCAGCCAACGUACGCCAGAGUCAAAGUCAAAGGAAAGAUAUUUCAGAUGGUCCUGCCUGCUGAAGUGAAGCCCGACAGCUCGACAGCUCAGAGGUCCCAAACCACGGGACACCUGGUCCUCACCAUGCCCCGGGCUGAAGGUGAAAUCAAAGUGACAAAAACCGUCCCACGUCGGCCCAGAGCGUGUGAAACCAGACGCAGCAGCUCGCCACGGGACAAUAAAAGAAGAAAUGCUGUCCCUGAGAGGCUGGAGGUCGACCCCAGCAAGCACACGGCGCUCGACUUCGCCCACAUCGUACCGCGCCACAGCACCAAGGAAGGUCCGCUGGAAACGUCCAGGAUGGAACGUCCACCUACCGCCGCAGGUCACAGCAGCUUCUCUGACGGGUUUGUGGACGACUCUGACGUCCCCCCGCUGGUAUAAGAAACAACACUGACCCGCUCAGGAUGGACUUAGCCUUGUUUAUGAGGUCUUCCAGGUAAAUGGAGGCCUUUAUGGGGGGUGAAAAAGACUGAAUCAGACUCUCUGCUUCACCCUCAAUCUGUCCAGAUGAAGUGACACAACGAGUUGCUAAUAGCGGUAACACAGUGAAACUACUGAGUAGACAUUUUAGAGCUCCAGAGAUAAUACCAGCUCCUUUCAUAGUGUUCCAUCCAGCAAGGCUUUUAGAGAUUAUUGAAGCUUUACACGACUUUGUGUUUCCUGUCACAGCUCACUAAAAGAGUCAAUAAACCUACAAAGCUUCCGUUUAGCUUCCACUAACUUCUCACCCUGACUCCCCUUCAGAGGGGAAAGUAGUUUACAAAUCUCCAGCACAAAGAAAGUGUGUAAAUAUCAAUGAUAAAUCCUCAGAUCUUAUGUAUUUGUAAACGUAAUAUCAUCUCACAUGUAUAGGGAUUUAUUGUUGUGGGAAAGUAUCCGUAAUGGCAACUAAAGGUUUGAUGAAGAAUUAGUGGUGUUGGUUUUUACUUUGUACUGAAAGUUCAGGAAGGAUGGACGGAGGUCGUCAUGGAGACACGUUAAAUAAACACUAAUCAACAA